GUUUCCUCUAUGUGCAACAACGUAACAGUCGUCUUUCGCAAACCAUGGCUGUGUUUAACUUAGUGCUAUUUUGUAUAGCCGUAUGCCUUUGUGGUUUGUCCGCAGUCCCUGUUCAGAGAAUUACUACAGAUAAAAGGAAUGACUGGCCAAUUAUUGGUGUCUUGGCUCAAGAGGUGUACAAACCUCAGCCAAAGCAAAACUCCUACAUUGCUGCAUCUUAUGUGAAAUAUUUGGAGGCUGCAGGAGCCAGGGUGGUCCCUGUGAUGAUUAAUCAGACUGAAGAGGAAUACAUACAACUGUUCAAGUCUAUCAAUGGCAUUCUUUUUCCUGGAGGUGGUGUAAGUCUGGUGUCAUCAGGCUAUGCUAAAGCAGCCGGCAUCUUCUACAAGCUUGCUGUUGAGGCAGCUUCACAGGGUGACUACUUCCCAGUGUGGGGUACAUGUCUGGGAUUCGAGCAGCUGUUGAUUUUGACCUGUGGGGAAAAUCUUCUCUCUCAAACGAACACUACUGGAGUUUCCUUGCCACUUGAAUUUACAAAGGAUGCAGUGGAAAGCAGACUGUUCAAAGAUUUCCCUCCAGAUUUGAUGAAAGCUCUGGAGUCUGAAAACAUCACAGAGAAUUCCCAUACAUGGAGUAUCUCUGUGGAGACUUUCAUGAAGAAUGAAGCAUUGAAAAAGUUCUACAAAAUCCUGAGCACGAAUACUGAUGGGAAUACCGAGUUUGUUUCAACCAUGGAGGCUUACCAUUACCCUGUGUAUGGAACCCAGUGGCACCCAGAGAAGAAUGCCUUUGAAUGGGCCAGACCAUAUUACCCUCACACACCCUCCGCCAUUAAGAAUACCUUUUACAUGGCCAACUUCAUUGUCAAUGAAGCAAAGAAGAAUUUUCACUCCUUUGCCAGCAAGGAUGAGGAGCAGAAGCAUCUGAUCUACAACUAUAAUCCAGUGUUCACUGGAGCCACCUCUGCCUUCCAGCAGAUCUACUUAUUUGAGUAGACGCCUCUGCCCUGUGUCUUAUGUCACUGAUGUGUCCACACGUCUCUGACCUCUCAGGUUUUCCACUCUUCUGCAAUCAUGUUCCUAUGCCGCUUACAGACAGAUGUUGGGUUCGGGAAGCUGAUUUCUUCCUGUUGAAACUUUACCUCACUACUGUCACAUUUGUGUUUGCACUAUGAUGUUCAUGCCUUGACAAAUAUUGUGGGUUUUGAAUUAUUUGAAUGGAUCAACUUAAUGGUGUGUGGAUCAGAUAUGACCAUUUUGAAUCAUUUUAAGUCAAUGUUGAUUAUUGAUGCUAAAAUAGAACAACAUUACAAUGAUUAAUUAAAUGAAAGUAAAAGAGGUAGAAUUUUCUCUGUGCCAACUCUAUUGUGAGAGCAGCAUUUGUUGCAUGGGUCAUCAUGUAUAUGAGCUCAGGCUGAUUUGUCUAAGUCUGAGCUGGCUGAGCUUAAAGAAUGCUGGAAAAGAGCAGCAGUUAAAAUGGCCAUUAUUAGAUGGUAAGACCACCGGUGGAACCAACAAAACCAACUAGAAUAUGUCUGCAUAUAUGCAAGGUGAAAUCUAAAACACAAAAGCUGGUCAAGCUGUUUUUUUUUCUGAAGGGCAAUUACUUUAGAUGAGAAGAGCCUAAAGUGUUUGGUCCUGUGGACUUUUGGGGAGGAGGGCUUCUUCAUAUCUUCACAAAAUAUAAAUUGUAUUUUUAAAGUUAUAAAUAAAUCUCCAAAUGUCAUAAAGUAGACUAAUUAUUUCCUAACAUGCUUACAUUGCACUUGCUCUUUGUGUGUAGGCCUAUCCAUCAUGUCAAGUGAAAGGAAAUUAAAAUAAAGUCAUGAGCUACUGAUACUUGAAGGGGUUAAGCAUCAUCAUUUAUGGAACAAACAAACGGGCUCAUUUGCAUCUAUGACUCACCAAUGUUCUAUGUUUUCUAAUGUUCUAAUGUUCAAAGUUUUCUUAAAAAUGUUAACCGGGAAGGAAUACAUGUCUCUGGAGGAAGGCCAUCUAGACUGCAUAUUCUCACUUGCACUCUGUCAGUAACAGUUUGAUAUUUGAAAUGUUUGAUCAGUUUGUCUACUAUCAACCAUCAUAAAAUAAACUAGGCUAC